AUCAGAUUUCCUUCUCCAGUCAUUUUUGUGGGAUUAGCUAAAUCUUAGAUCCACACUAACCCUUCACAAAGCUGCCAAGAUUAGUUAGAAUUUAUUUUAUUCACAGGGGGGUUUAUGGUUUUCUUUCCAAAGGGAUUAUAUCUCUCUCUCUCUAUAUAUAUAUAUUUAGGGUGGCUUCAGUCAUAAAGCAGCUAGGUUAGAAGGAGAAAAAGUGCGUGUGUGUAUAAAAUAAAAACUUGGCUGUGAGAAUGACAGUCACUUGAAAUGCCAAGACAAAGCAGCAAUGCUGGAUGGCUUCACCAGUCCGUUUUAAAAGCUACAUAAGCUGUCAUUUUCCUGGUGAGACCCCACUCCGGAUUUAGCGCACAAAGAGCAAACCCUGCUCAGCCUGAGCUGCCUGAUCCCGUGGCCGCUGCUGCCGGCAGAGGAUGUCUUCGGAGCCAGCGUCGGAUGCCGACACUGGCAGGAGAGGCGUCAAGAAGCCGUGUUCGUUCAGCAUCGAGGACAUCCUCUCCAGCCCGGCAGAGAAGAGCUCCCAGGUCCUGGUCCCGCUGUGCCUCCGGAGCAUCUUGGACUGUGCACCCAAGGGCCUGUGUGAGCUGGAGACCAUCCCAGCCAGCUCCCUGCAGGAGGAAGAGGAGGAGGAGGAGGAGGAAGAGCUGGAAGGGGCAGGCUGCAACUGCUGCUGCUGUUCUCACACAAGCGUCCGUUCCCUGCAGGACUCGCCAAGUUGGCUGGAUGCCCGGUUCCCCUGGCCCAUGCGGCUCUUCCACUCAGCAGUCCGGGUCUGUAGGAGUCCCCAGGGGAACCCGAGCGAGCUGCAGACUUUCCACCAGAUCCAGCGCCGGACGCGCCGGCAUCGCACCAUAUUCACCGAGGACCAGCUGCAGGCCCUGGAGACGCUUUUCCAUCAGAACCAGUACCCAGACGUCAUCACCCGUGAGCACCUGGCAAACCGCAUUCACUUGAAGGAGGAGAGGGUAGAGGUUUGGUUUAAAAAUCGGCGGGCCAAGUGGCGGCAUCAGAAGAGGGCGUCUGCUUCAGCGCUGAUCCUUCAAGGCACCAAGAAGCCCUCUGAGGAGAGCUGUUAGUGCUCGCAGGCUGCGUCUCAGCAGAUGAACGCCAAGAGCAUCCAUUUCCCAUAGCUGACACGUUCUGUAGGGGGGUAACCCGAGGGGGACUAACGAAGCAAAAGGGAAUCUCUGUGGUUCCCAGAAGAGGACAGGCAAAAGCAGACAUGGCACUUUCACAUCCCGGUUUCUCUUCCAAACUUAGUUCAGGUGGCAAAUAACUCACCAGGCAUGACCCUCAGAUGCUUAAGCAGAAACCCCUGCCAAAAGCCCGUGCAAGGGGACAGAGCUGUACCAGUGUUAAAUGUGCGUGCUUCAAGAGAAGGGGAGACUCCCCUUCUUGUCUCUGCUCUGUGCAGGUAGUAUUUGUGCUUGUUUCACUACUGUAGAUUUGCAAAAUACCCUGCAAAUGAAUGUUUCCUAUUUUCAGCACCUCGAUGGCAUCUAGAGUUGCUUUUGGGGUUGAGCUUACUGAACAGGCGAUUUGUUCCCCAACAAAGAAACGCGGAUUUCUCCCUGCAGCCCGUGGGCGAGGCAAUCCAUCUGUUGUGCUGAGAGGGGUUGGCACAGCGAGGGCUCAGCUCACCUCCGUGCCUAGCCCGUGCCGGUUCCCCCCUCAGCGCAAGCGGCGUCCGUGUCCCCGGCAGGGCUGAAGAGAAACCACGUCCUGUAAAGCGGCGAGAUAAAUAAAACUGUCCCCGCCACCUCUGUACGUGCC